GAAACAUGCUCUCCCUGGUUCUGAUUUUACACCUUCUGGAAUCUUCAUAUAAACUUCAAAAUCAAUAGGCCCAUAUAGAAAGGCGGUUUUAAUGUCAUAUUGUCUGACUACUAAGUUUUUGUGAAUGCAAUGGGCCAGAAGAAUUCUAAUUGUUAUACAUUGUAUCACUGGCGAAAAUGUUUCAUCAUAAUCCACUCCAUGUAUUUGAGUAUAGCCUUGAGCUACAAGUCGAGCUUUAUAUCUACAAAUUUUCCCUUCUUCAGAUAAUUUUAUUUUGAAGAUCCAGCGAUAACCGACUACUUUCUUUCCUUCUGAUUCUGGUGAAGAAAUUGCUUCAUUAUAAUUGGCAGGUUCAUCUAUAGCAAUUUUGCAACUUUUAUCACCAUAGCGGGAUGGAGGCUUUACAACUCUAUUGCUGCGUCUGAGUUGAGAAGUUGAAGGCAGACACUCUUCACAUUUUAAAUCUGGAGAAAACAACACAUUAUGAAGAACUACUCUUACUGAAGAUCUGUUUGGCAACAAUGCAUUUAACCGGACAUUGCCUAUAUGAGUAGCCUGAAUCUUUUUGUCGUUUCCUAGUCGGAUAUAUUCUGAAUAAGGACGUAGAUAAUAUGGCUGAAAAUGAAGUUGAGCACGAAAAACAGAACCGCAUCAAAGCCAAGGUGAACAUUGAAGAACCGUCAGAAGAACUUUUGGAAUGGGCUAAAAAUAAUAUAAACGAAGAUCCAGACACAAGAGAUUUGCUAAUUUCAGAACUGAAAGAUAUGAUUUACGAAAGAGGAGAAUGUACUCCUAGUAGAAUGGACGAUGAAUUCAUUUUAGGCUUCUUAAGAGCCCGCCAUUUUAAUUUGAGGAUAGCUCAUCGACUAUAUGUGAAUCACAGUAUUCUUAAAGAAGAGGCGCCUCAAUAUUUCGAUGACGUAAAUUUAGACAGAAUGGUAGAAAUAGUAAAAGAACCAAUUUUUAACGUGCCUCCAAAUAGAGACCAUUUGGGAAGAAGAAUGCUGAUUUUUAGAAUCGGUGAAUGGAGACCAUCUGAAUUCACUCCAACAGAACUCUUACAAUUCGUGGUAUUCUUAACGCAAAUCACUUUACUAGAACCUCAAACACAAAUAAAAGGAGCAAUUUUGCUAGUAGACCUUAGUGGUCUUUCUCUCGAAAUGGUUUGGUACUUGACACCAACGCUAGCCAGGCACGUGGUCAAUCUUGCUGCAUCAUCGUUCCCAGUUAGAUUAGAAGCAGUCCACUUCCUGUACACAUCCUGGAUUUUUGACACUGCCUAUAACAUUUUCAAAGUCUUCAUUCCAGAAAGAUUCAGAGAUCGAAUCCAUUUUCACAACAAUUUAGACACGUUGUAUGACGACGUCGACCCCAAGUACCUUCCUAAUUCGCUAGGCGGCGCCAUUGACGAUUAUACUUUGGAAGAUUGGAUGAACGACGCUGUAUUAUGCAAUAAGAAAGUAAUAGACGUAUUGGGAAAAGCGGGAUAUCCUUUGAAGGAGUUUUUAGCAAGAAGGAAUAAUAAUAAAUGAAAGAUAAUGUAGAAAAUGAGAUUGUUAAUUUUAUAUACAUAUUUGUACCUGCCGAAUUAGAUUAAAAUAUUUUAUAUUAGUGUUGUUAUUUAAAAAAAAUAAAUAAAAUUUAGAAUAUU